AUGGGACGAGGUAUAGGGGUACACGUGCAGAUUUACAUGACUCAUCGUGUUAUGCAUUGGGUUGAGUAUGAUGUUUUGAGGAACAGAAUUUGGCCUCUACAUACUGAGGCAGAUACUUGGUGUUCUACGAGUUCGUUCAUGGGCAAUGGAACGUUGAUUCGAACCAGUUGUUUUGGACAUGGUUCACAAAGAAUAAGGAGCUAUCCAAGUACAGGUUCAUCAGUCAUUCUCCCUUUAAGCCAUACUGAUCGCUUCGAAAGGGUUGAAGUCAUGAUAUGUGGAGGGGCGUCUUCUGACGCAUAUUCAGCAGCCCAACACGGCAGAUUCUUACCAGGAUUGACAUCUUGCGGGAGAAUGGAAAUCACAGGUGCAGAAACUUGGUUAGGGGCUGAAAAGGGGUUGAUAAAUGCACAUUUGGAAGCUCUUCUUAAUCCAAAUGUGGCACCUGCUGGUUAUUAUAUGCUUACAGUUGUUAAUUAUGGAAUUCCUAGUGUUUCACAGUGGGUUAGAUUCAUACAUGCUUGA